ACGUAGAAGAAAAGAAACACGUGAUUCGCGCGAACUGAAAGCAAGAUGGCGGUGGUGGUGCGGAGCUUGCAGGACCAGCUCGAAAAAGCUAAAGAAAGCCUGAAAAAUGUGGACGAUAAUAUCCGAAAGCUCACCGGCCGAGACCCAAAUGAGUCCAGACCAGGUCAGAUCCGGCGGUUUGGUGGCCCCAUGGCAGGCCUCGGCGGAGGUAGAGGCAGAGGAAUCAACCUGCUCAGGCGUAGUCUCUCAGACAUGGGAAGUGGCGGCCCCCCUGCCAAGCAAAGAGACAUCGAAGGAGCCCUGCUCAGGCUGGCAGGGGACCAGAGGGCCAGGAGAGACACGCGUCCCGACAGCGACGCCGAGGAUGACGAUGAUGUCAAAAAGCCGGCGUUGCAGUCGUCCGUCGUAGCUACCUCCAAGGAGAGAACACGCCGAGAUCUCAUUCAAGAUCAAACCAUGGACGAGAAGGGCAAACAGAGAAAUCGGCGCAUGUUCGGCCUGCUGAUGGGGACACUGCAGAAAUUCAAGCAGGAAUCAAACGUAUCAACAGAGAAGCAAAAGCGGCGCUCAGAGAUUGAGCAGAAGCUGGAAAUUCAGGCUGAGGCUGAAAGAAAGAAGGUGGAGAAUGAAAAGAGGGAGCUGUUUGAGGAGCGAAGAGCCAAGCAGACCGAGCUGAGACUACUGGAGCAGAAAGUGGAAUUAGCUCAGCUGCAAGAGGAGUGGACCAACCACAACAAUCGCCUGGUGAAAUACAUUCGCACUAAGACCAAGCCUCAUAUCUUCUACCGGCCUGGAAAAGUGUGCUCCGCAACACAGAAACUCCUCGAUGAGUCCACCAAGAAACUCAAUGCUGUUUUUGAGGAAAGGCGUGAGGCUUUUGCUGAGCACCUGAGCAAGAUGGAGUCGCGCCCCCGGCGACAGCCGAACCGCGACCAGGACGUCAACACAACGGCAACAGGGACGGACCACCCGGCGGAGGGUAAGCCAGUAGGUCAGGUAGUCAAGGUGACAGGUAAUAAGGGUGCUGUAGACUUGGAGGAAGAUGAGGAUGAGGAAGAGGAGGAGAGAGAGAAGGAAAAGGGUGGGGAUGGAAAGGGAGCCAAACCUGAGGAAGGUAGGAAGGAAGAAAAGGGGGGGAAAGAGGUGUUGAUGAAGGUAGAGGAGGAGGAGGAAGAGGAAGGUAUGGAGCUGAGUGAGGAGAGAGGCCAGAGGAAGAAGGAUGGGGAGGAGCAGAAGGAGGAGGCAGAGAAAGAGGGGAGUCCAGGAUCAGAGGAGAUGGAGGUAGAGAAGGAGGACGGGGGGAAGGAGGGGGUGGCAGGAGGAGAGGGCCAGGAGAAGUCUGCAGAUGACCGAAAGGAGCAGAGUCCAGAGGAGCAGCCGUCUCAGAUCACAGUGAGCAACCAGGAAGCAACAGACAGCGGCAAACAGGAGCAGCCAGGCCCGGCUGCAGUAGAGCCCUCAGUCCAGCCCCCCACCACCCAGGAGGCCUCCCCCACCCCCGAGUCCACUGCUGCCUCCACCGCACCUGUGCGCCCCCUCGCCAUUCCCGUCACAGUGGUGCAGGACAGCCAGGCAGCAGAGGAAAAACCAGAGGAACAAGCCCCGCAGAAGCCGCCUGAAUCCAACGAGGCCCCCGUCUCUGCCCCCGCCGCCCCCAAGGAGGCUGGGGACGGCGUCAGGGGAAGGAAGGAGAAGAAGGAGGCCAAAAAAGGCCGUAGCAACAGCUCCUCCUCGUCCUCCUCCGGCUCCUCCUCCAGUGGCAGUUCCUCUUCGUCCUCCGGAUCCAGCCGCUCGUCCUCCUCCUCGUCUUCGUCGUCCUCCUCGUCAUCAAACAGCAGCAGCCGAAGCCGCGAGGGUGGCAAGCGCAAGAGACGGCCGUCAGGCAGGGACAGGAAGAAAGGAGAGGAGCGGAGUCACCACAAGGGAGGAGCGAGGGACAAAGGGUCCAAGGAGAAAAGAAAGAGGCGGAGCGAGGAGGAGCGGGGCAGGUCGUCACGCGGCGAUAGAGAGCAUAAGGAUAGAGACAGGAAGGACAAGAGACGCUGAGAUGGUUCUCCAAACUGCUGAAGCUUUUUAGUGUUCUCCCGAAAACAGCCAAAGUUUCAUCAAGAACCAUCAGCAGCGUCACAGCAGAGGCGGACUGGCAGUUUCCCUCUGACUUGGUAAACAGGAUCGUUAGUGUCAAAUGGUUAGACAGGAAAGACGUAAUUUUAAAUCCGAGGCACAGACCAUCACCUUGUGAUCAUAGGUCUGUGUCUUAAAAAUGUCCCGAUUCCUCACUGAAGCCACAGGUUAGCCUGUGAAAGGUUCCAGCAGCAGACGUCGUUCACCUCAGUGCAGUAGUCGUGUUUUUGAGUUGUUGUGACGAUAAUGUUCGUCUGCGCUGAUUUUUAAGUGUUCUAAAUUUUCGUGUGAUAAUCUCAAAAACGUUGAGUUGGAAGUCUUUCUUUUUUGUACCAACUGAUUAUCUGGUUCAAAUAAAGGGGAAUUAUAAAUGAA